AUGGCUACUCUCAAUGAUAUAGCCCUAGAGGUCUAUGUAAAUAUCUCCCAAUACUUUACCACAGAAUGCAUCCAAAGCAUCAGCGCCACCUCAAAGCGGCUUCGCGCAUUAUCAAAAUCGGAAUUCGCGAGACACGUAGAGCUCAAGCGGCGAUAUGAUCAUGUGAAGUGCGAUGAGACGAAUAUUGCAAAAGACCACGGGCAACUUCUUCUUGACAUUACCAGAGAGCCUCGUUUAGCGUCCUAUAUACAUCACUUAGAGAUAGAUGGAGACCACCAGGACUACACCGUGAAUGUCAAUGACAAGGAUCUAAGAAAUCCGAACCUUCAGGAAGAAGAAAAUGUUCUUACUUGGUACGAGGCUCAUCGACGCUGUCCACGGCCCUUUGAGUAUUUCCAGUCGAUUGACUAUGAAUGCUCUUUGAGUCGACUUCUGAAGAAGAUACCAGACAUUAAAUGUUUGACGGUGAAUUUACCUGGAGGCGAGUUUGCUUCAGCGUGGCAGCCUUGCGGCUUUGCCGCAAGUCAUCAUCCUGCCAGGCCCACUCCUGGUUGUCAACCCUUUCAGCAUCUAGAGCAGAUGCAUGUCGUGUCCGAGGACAGAGACGUGGGCAUCGGAUUAUUCGAUGUCUUCCCAUUCGCAUUUCUUCCUAGCAUGAAGAGAUUCCUUGUUUAUGGCCUAAAAUCAGGUUAUUUCGCGCCCAGUUCAAACCAUUGGUCACCCAACAGUCUUUCCGGCCUUACACAGCUGAGUCUACACGAUUGCGAAAUUGACCCCAUAGUCUUGGAAAGAUCUUUGUCGACGUUGCCAAAUCUCGAACAUAUGUACUUUAUCGAGCUUAGGUCGAAUAACUCGUUUCACGGGCGACAGAGCGUUGAUGUAGAGAAGCUCUGCCACAUUUUGACCCAUCUAUAUGGACACGGCGCCUUCAAAUCAUUCAAGAAGCUAAGGCUCGAGUCUUCGCGAGAAGGUGCCUUUAUACAAGACUUACGCGGCUUGAAUGGGCUCCAAUGUCUGGAGGUCAAUCACCCUGCUUUAAUAUGUUUUGAGCUCGGCCGCAGAACAGAACUCCCUCAAUCCAUCGAGCAGCUUCACGUCCAUUACUCACAUGUAUGGGAGCAAGAAUCUUCGGUAUUCAGGGACUUGCUCCUCGACAUCAUGCUGCUCAAAUCUGACGUGCUACCAAAGUUCAAUCGCCUUGACGUGACUGCGCGGCUCAAUCCGAAAGAUGGCAAGGCAAUCGAACAGACGAGAUCAUAUCCAGAAAUUGCAAGGCGGGCGUCAGAGAUAGGCUUGACGUUCAAGGUGACGCUGGAAAGAUACGCAGAUGGCACGCCAAUUGUAGGCGAUGAGCUUGCGGAACUACUCCCAUCGACCGCAAACACCCACUUGCAAUGA